AUGCAGACAUCUGCCAACAUCCAAACAGAAACACAAAUAAAUGGUUGCUUGCUUUAUGCCAUUCCCUGCGCUUAUUUUUGCGUGUGCGUCAGCAGCUGCGGUGGUUGCUGGGCCUGCAUGAAGUGGUGUGCGCUGAAUAUGAACGAAGGCCGAAGGCAACUGAACUGUUUUUGUGAUGAAUAUUGGCUGCACUUCCCGUGGACCAACAAUCCGCGUGGUGUGCGGGGAUCUCUCCUUUUUUAUUGUUACUUUGCUUUUUUGUUGCUGUGGGCGCUGCACCUCCUCUUGUGUGUGUGCGUACCCUCCGUGAGGGGUGCCGACACGACGGACCGCUCUCGCCGUAUGUGCAUGCGGUGGAGCCUUGUGUGCCGCUCCUGUUUGCUUCUCCCUCUUCCAUCUGUGUGUUGUUGUUGCGGCAGGGCUGUGUGUGCGUGUGCCUGCUGCCGUGGAUUGGAGUGUGUGUCGUGCGUGGUGUGCGGCGUACGGUGCAUGCCUGGCUGCUGCCCUCUCCUCAUGUUGUCUGCUCUCUCUCGCUGUAUCCGCUGUGCCCCGUCCCUCUCCCUCUUGUUCCAUUCUUUUUCUUCUGUAUCACCGAUCAGCUGA